AUGGAGAAGUAUCUGCGGUCCUGGAGGCAGGAUGCGCUGAACCGUAGCCAACACGAUGCUGCGGUUUACAUUGGCGACAAGGUGUAUGCGCUUACCAACAGUGACUCGGAUGCGUUCUGGCUUGCCCAGGUUCACUUCUCGAACAACAAUUUCACGCGUGCGCUCGCACUUCUUUCCCGCCAAAACCUCAUCGCCCGAAGCAGCGCCUGUCGCUACCUCGCCGCCCACUGUUAUAUCAAGCAAAACCAAUUCGAUCAAGCUUUGACGAUUCUUGGGGAUCAAAAUCCCACCGAUCUGAUUCGAAAUCACAACAGCCGUCGCAAGAUCCAACACCUCAAUGGCCAGAGCCAUGUAACGCUUCGGAAUGGAAAGAGCGCUGGAACGAAUACAGACCGGUCGGACGACCGCGACAAGGAGGACGGGAGUCAUGUUCGAUUCGAGGCUGCCAUGUGCUACUUGAGAGGGCUCUGCUUUGCCAAGCAGAAUGCAUUCGAUCGAGCGCGCGAUUGCUACAAGGAUGCCGUGCGUAUCGAUGUGCAGUGCUUCGAGGCCUUUGACCAGCUCAUGAAGAACUCCCUCAUGUCCCCCACAGAAGAGCUGGAGUUUUUAGAGUCCUUGGACUUUGACUCCAUCUCAUGUCCAGAUCCUACCAUGGCCCAGGAAGCGGCGCAUUUUACCAAAAUGCUGUACACCACCCGCUUGUCCAAGUAUACAGCGCCGGCCCUCUUGACGGAUGCUACCGAAACGCUUUCCACCCAUUACAAUUUAGCUGAGAAUCCCGAUAUCUUACUGUCCCGCGCUGAGGCUCUCUAUACGCAAUGCCGCUUUGCAGAGGCCUUGGAACUGACAUCGUCCAUCCUCUCGACCUCGCAAGCAACCGAGCCGAGCAGCAUCCCCAACGGUGUGGGAAGUACAACCUAUACUCAUCUCGGCCAUGCGCCCGCGGUGUACCCUCUCCAUCUGGCUUGUCUCUACGAGACAGGUGCCACCAAUGCUUUGUUCUUGCUUUCACACAUGCUUGCCGAUCACGCUCCCGAGGAACCUUACACCUAUCUGGCGAUCGGAGUAUACUACCUGGCAGUCUCCAAGGUCGCGGAAGCUCGUCGGUUCUUCUCCAAGGCUUCCCUCUUGGAUCCUCAUUCGGCACCUGCCUGGAUUGGGUUUGCUCAUACCUUUGCCGCCGAAGGUGAGCAUGAUCAGGCGAUCGCAGCAUACAGUACGGCAGCGCGACUCUUCCAGGGGAGCCAUCUACCACAGCUCUUCCUCGGUAUGCAACAUCUCGCUCUGAAUAACAUGGCGCUCGCACAUGACUACCUGUUCGCCGCGUAUACCAUGUCGACCGGUGCCGCACCGGGCUCGAAUCCCACUCUGCCGCCCAGUCCAUCCGACGCUGGCGUAGGAGGCGACCCUCUCGUGUUGAACGAGCUGGGUGUGGUCUUCUACCAUCAGAAUAACCUGCCUGCUGCGGUUGAGAUGUUCCGGCAAGCACUGCAACUUGCCGCGUCACUUCAUAGCGAACCGGCUGCCUGGGUUGCUACACGUGCCAACAUGGGCCAUGCCCUGCGUCGCCUUGGGCGCUUACAAGAAGCCCUCGGCGAAUUCCAAGAGUGCCUGCGCAUCGGUGCUGGGGGCACCAGUCUUGGAUAUGCGCCAUUUUUAGGCGGCGGUGCUGGCGGCGCUGCGACCGCGUCGACUGCCACGGGAGUCGGUGGAUACGAAGAUCGGGGCCUCAUUGGAUCCCUGCAUACUUCUCGUGGGAUCAUCCUGCUGGAAAUGGGUCGCACUGGAGAUGCCGUGACCGCGUUGCACGAAGCCGUGCGCGUGCUCGGCGCUGGUGGGGGCGGAGACGCGGCCGGUGGGGCCGGGGUCGCAGGCACUCUGCUCAAUCGAGCCCUGGAACUCUGGUCGAUAGAAGGCCGUGAGCGAGAUCAGCAUGCGAUCGAUGAGAGCGCUCGGUCGUCCAGCAGCCGCUCCACCCAUCGCAGUCGGGAAUCGACCAAGGGCCGCGAGCGUCGCGGUGGCGACGAGAGCAAUCGACGUCGACUCCGCCGCGCGGGAUACGCAGAGGAAUGGACGGCGGACACGGUCUCGGCCUCGGCCACCCCCGAGCUGGCUGAUGUGGACACUAUAGAGGAAAGAGUUGAGAUGGAUCUCGACAAUAAGGCCGAGAGUCUGCUAGGGCGCGCAUUGGAGCGUGUCCGGCCUGGGGCGCGAGUGCGCCGGACGCCGCGGCCUGUCAGUCCGGCCGUGAUUGAUGAGGAUCCGCCCGUACGAAGUUUACGUCGUGACCGCACCCAUCGAAGUCAAUCGCGACAGUGA